GAGAGAUUCAACAAAAGCAAGACCAAAGGAAACACUUACACUGUUGGUGCUGCCAGCGGUGUGCCAGGUUAGAGGCUUCAGAAGGGAGUGAACACCAAUGCUGCACUAACAACGAAGGACUCUCGUCACUUCAUCGUGUUGUGGUGGAGCUGAGAAGCAGACUGGCAGUAGUUUUUUGUCCAACUUCUCCCUCACCAUCCAGUUCCCAGUAUGACAUUGUCCAGUGCUCCGCCUCUGCGUAGAGGAAGCACCCCAGUUCCCAUAAAGCACCAAUUAAGACGGGAGGAAGCCGUCAAUGAUGAUGGUGAUUGGACGUCGGGACUAGGUGCCCAGUCACCUCCACCAAUCAGUUUCUCCCCUGCUCAGGACGAGUUUGCGUCUCUGGGCGCAGACAGGCACGGGGGGCCUCUACGGAUCGCCCUGCUGGGACAGAAUGGAGUCGGCAAGUCUUCGCUGGCCAUUGCCCUGGCUGGAGAUACAGACAGAACAGCCUCUGUAGACUCAGAGGGGGAAGGCUAUGUUCGCAUGGUUACCGUGGACGACGAGGAAAGCGCCAUCAUUAUCUAUGACAACUGGAGGCAGGACCUCUCCACGCUGCAGUGCGAGGUGUGUGUGCUUGUGUUUUCGGUGACGGACAGACGGAGUUUCCACCGCACCGCUCAGCUCCGCCUUCUCCUGAGGGAGACGCAGCCACAGACCCCCAUCAUCCUCGUGGGCAACAAGAGCGAUCUGGUGCGUUCCCGCGAGGUCAGCACAGAAGAGGCACGUUCCAGUGCGGGCCUGUUUGGCAGCCUGUACCUGGAGCUGUCCACCACGCUGGAGCACAACACGGCGGAGCUGCUGGAGGCGGCGGUGCGGGCGGCGCGGGGCGAGGGCCUGGGGCCGGCGGGGGCCUGCGGCGGGGACGACGGGGCCGGGGGCCGGCGCGAGAGCCUCACCACCCGCGCCAAGCGCUUCCUGGCCAGCCUCGUGCCGCGCUACCCCCGCGAGAGGGAGAGAGAGGGGGGCAAGUUCUUCCGACAGAAGUCCCGGUCGUGCCAUGACCUGGUAGCCCUGUGAUGAAUGGAGCAAAGGGAGUGUGGGGAGAGAGAGAGAGAGAGAGAGAGAGAGAGAGGGAAAAAGGGAAAAUUAUAUAAUAUAUGAAUUGGAAGAGGGAGAAAGAGGGGAGUUGAGAAUCAGAGAGGACGGAGAGGUGCUAGCUAUCAGCAGCAAAAUAAUCACAUGAUAUAGAUAUGAGAUGUAUUUCAUGGCCAAAGGCAUUAAGAGACGUUGGAUGAUGUGUGCUGAUCUGAUGUCAUUUAGAACAAGGAGAGAGAAACCACAGACUAGCUCUAGAUGUAUAGAUACACUUCAUAUAGAGUACAGCACAUAACACGUAUGUCCUAACUCUACAUUUGUAUAUACAUAUCAUGGUGUGACCUGUGUCGAGCUACUAUUUGUCAUGUUCAGCCAAUUACCCCAUGAAAGUGUUACCGUACAAAUAAACUGCAGUUGAA